AACUAAAGGAGAAAAUGGACUCAAAAGUGCCUCGGGUGCGUUGAGACGUCACUUACGCGAAACUGACUCUGAUCGGCGGCGUCCGCUGAGCGUUUGCUAGCGGGAGGCAGCCGUUGCAUGCCGGGUAGCCGAGGCGGUGCGCGCGGCGGCUUGUCCUGAGGCAUGAGACGGCUGACCGCUGCCUACCUCCGCGGUCACAUAGCACUGACAGCGGCCACGGCUGUGAGACAAGCGAUGAGGAGCGCAGUGGCGCAUCCAGUUGAUCUGGCGUCGGCACGAUGCUGCGUUGGUCCACCAGUUGGCACGCCCUAAGUCAAGUCGCCACUGCCGCAUCGCCCACCAUGUACGCCACCCGCCUAUAUGGUGCUGGGGGAGGGGGUGGAGUCAAACCUGGGAAAAGAGGAGGGCUGGCAAUGCUCGAGGUGCCGCCUUCUCAGCCUUAUCACUACCGGGUGCCGCCGCCACCGCCAUACCCGGUCCCCCAGGGAGCACGCUUUCAGCCGCUGGCCGGCACCACGCCGCCGAUGCCGCCCCAUUGGCAGCCCCGCGCACACCUUUCCACCCAUACGGGAGGCAAAAAAAAGACAUGGAACUUCAUCCAUGAGAAGAUGAGCUACGACACAUUCUUCACCAUGAAGCGACUCAUUGAGCGCUCGCGCCGCCCAGACGAGGUUCUGCGCUGGUUGGCCCAGAACCCAGCCAAGAUCUCCCACAACCACUAUGCCAUCGCACUGCACAAGAUCGCACAGUUGCUGCAGGCCGCGCCCUUCCCACCGUCGCCCAACGACAGCACUGACGCAUCGGCCGCAUGCGGCCGGCAGGUUUUGGAGCAGCAGGACUUCUUGUUGCUGUGCGAUGCCAUCGUCAGCGACUGCGCCAACUUUGACAACUUCAGCAUUGUCAACUGCCUCUAUGCCGCCGCAGCACUUGGACUCCCUGGCGACUGUCCAGUGGUGGCGGCGCUGGAGGCGGAGUGUCACUGCCGCCUAGUGCAGUUCAACCAGAAGGAUGUGUCCAUGGUGUUCAGUUCCAGCAUCAAACUGCCCCCGGGUAGCCAGCACCCGCUCACCGAGGCCUGCCUGCUGGCUCUGGAGAAGAACCUGGAGCGAGAGCGUCACCCACAGACUCUCUUCCUGCUGCUGUCCUACUACCGCCUCAAACGGCGCAUGAGUGCCCAGAUGGACAAUGACGGUGACGACAAGGCAGCUCCUGACCCCCAGCAGGUGCUGGCCAACAGGAAGAUCCUACGUCUGGUCAAACACACGCUGGCCAGCGUCAGUGGCGUGCGCGACCAGGAGAUGGCGCUGCUAGACGAGAUGUUAGCAACCUGUGCCAGGGAAGCCAACAACAAGAGCCUGGAGUUCAUCUUCAGCUCUCACCUCUUCUACCAGAACAGACAGGAGAGGUUCAUCAAAAGCCUGGCAGAUGAGCUUCCAAAGAAGGAGGACGGUCUGAGUGCCGCCACCAUGUCGCUUAUCUCGAAGUACGUGGCGCGCCAUCGUCUCCGGGAGACGGCCUUACUGGACGCCAUCGCCAAGUUCCUGGUCAGGAAGGCAGAGCAUCUGGACAGCAAGGUGAUCCAGAAGCUGGUGUUUCCCUUCAGCAGGAUGAGUUACUGUCCGUCCAACGAGGACCAGUUCUUCCAAGUCCUGGAGGAGGUUCUGGAGUCCAAAGCCUUGAGCUCCCCUCUGGCCACCGUCAACAUCCUCAUGUCGCUCUUCCAACUGGGCCGCUUUCCGGGCGCCGUCCUGCAUCGCGUCUUUUCGCCCACCUUCAUCAGCAACGUCACCAACAGCCCCUACGCCCUGAUCGUGCGCCGCUACCUGUCCUUGCUGGAUGCCGCCCUGCAGCUGGAGCACCCCCACUACCAAGGACCCCGCCUGCACCCUGACCUCAAGGUGCUCAUGUUCCACCAGGCCCUCACGGCCGAUGAGGUCAACCGCAAGUACAGUUAUAAAGGCGUCGUGGCCGAGGCUCUGCGGCAGCUGCUCGGAGAAGAGAACUACAAGCGCGACCAAGUUCUUGCACCCGGAUACUACACAGACUUCGUGUUGUGGAUGGACUCGUCAGGUCGGGUUCUUCCCAUCCAAUCGGGCGGACCUUCGGUUCCGGGCUCGGCCCCCGUGUGCGCUCCACAGGAAGUUGAUGACAUCGGCGACUUGUCAACUUCCUUCGCCGCAUUGGACGCAGGGAGUCGGGAGGCGGCGGGAGUGGCUGAGACCACAGGGGGCGCUGUGGAGCCCGGGGCCUUUCUGCCACAGCACACGUACACCCUGGCGGGGGGCGCUCACAUCGGGGACAGCGGCGAUCCCUCGGACUCGGGCCCCCAAUAUUACGUGCCAGUGGCUGAGUACCACUCGCUGGAAAGCCAGGACAGCUCCACGCUCAGCAGCCCCCCCUCCGACGGACAACCGCCACCCGGGGAUGCAGUACCGGGGGGCGUGGGUGCUGCUGCAGCCCCCCCAAACACUCUCUUCCAGUUCUCCAUUGGGAAGAUGCUGGUGGAUGAGGAGCGGGCGGGGUCCCCCGCGGAUCAGGGGACGGCUUUCUACGAGGCGGGGAUAUCAAGCCAUGCGCCCGCGGCCGAAGGGGAGGCGACGGAGCCCACAAAUCCUCCGCAGGAAGACAAGCAAAUAAGGAGGUUGGUGAUCUCUGUGAACGACAAGUGGCACUACUGCCACAACUCCAGCGUCCUGGUGGGCUCUCGCGCGAUGAGGGACCGCCACCUGAAGCUGCUGGGCUAUGCCAUCCUGCAGCUGCCCUACCACGAGCUAGAGAAGUUGAACGGCAUCGAGGAGGUCAAGACGUAUCUCCGCGCCAAACUCUACGACAUACCGCCGUGAUGUGCAGCCAUCAAUGCUUUUGGCUUUGUUGCUUUUUUGGACUGUUUCCAGCUGGUCAAAGGUUUUUUGGAAAUGUGACAAAAGGUUGACGGUGGCACGUUGAAUCAUGUGUGCAUGUGAUCCAGGGUAACAGCGCAUGUUUUGAUUUUUUUUUUUUUUUAAAGUGUAUGGCAGCAAGGGAUGAUGGCUAAUGGAUGAGGUGAAAGGUCAGAUUAUUUAUCAAGCAAUGCAUUGUUUAUAUUCAAUAAAUUUGGUCUUGUCACAUGA